AUGUCUGAUUUAGUUGUAAUUCUUACUGAAAAUAUUUGCUCCAAUUUCAAACGUUUGUUAAGGUCCAAGGAGUUACUAACAGCAGAAGACAGGACACUGUUAUCCACAUUCAUUGGCAAAAGUAGCAGUUUUGAAUUGUUAUAUAAAAUCAGUCGUGAUGGUUGUUCGGCGUCAAAGUUUCACCAGUCCUGUGACUACAAAGGUCCUACAGUUACAGUCCUUUACAAUACUGAAAAUAGCGUGUACGGAGGAUUCCUAGCAGGAGACUGGAAAGAAGGAAAUUCUUCAACAAGUAUUGCCGAUAAAAGAGCCUUCCUAUUCACACUACACUUUAAUGGUGUUUCAAAACCAAGAAAGUAUUCCGUCAUAAAACCUUAUCAUGCUGCAUUUGCAUUUAGGGAGUUUGGACCAACCUUUGGUGCAGGGGAUCUUCGGGAUAUAGCUGAAACUAAAGGUUUUGCAAAUGAAAGAAAGAAAAUGUCCUCGUUUAGGAAACGAGAAAUGCAGAACUACCGCUAUGACGAUACAACUGUAGAUCUGCUUACAUUUUAUGGAACUGUUGAACCAAUAGUAGAUAGAUAUGCAGGAACACACUUUUAUGAGCUAAAUGGAAAAGCUGAUUUCAGACAUGCCUAUGAUGGAGGAAAUGAAAGCAUGAACGCAAUAAACAACGGCCAUAUGUGCGUCUUUGAUCUGGAGGUGUACAAAGUUAAAGACGUUACGGUCGCUAAAAGUUCACUUUGUCAAAAUCCAUCUGAUAAAACAUGGAGAGAGUCUCCUUGCUGGGACGAACAGACUUUUCGAAAAUUAAAGGACUCGGUUUCCAAUUAUAAGCCGCUGGAUGACUCGGGUUUAUCUGAAGUGAACAUCUUAUUAGUGGGACAGAUUGGAGCAGGAAAAUCCAGUUUUUUCAACACUGUAAACUCAAUAUUCCGUGGUGAAGUAACAGCUCGAGCAUGCGCCGGGAACUCACAACAUAGUCUUACUACAGUUUUUCGAAAAUAUCGAAUUCGAAACCCGGAAACUGGUGGGUAUUUAAACUUCCGCCUUUGUGAUACACGUGGAAUUGAGGAAGAUAUGUGCAUCAAACACCAGGAUAUGGCGUCCUUAUUAGAUGGACAUCUCCCCGAUCAACACAAGUUCAAUCCGGCGGCACAUGCUACAGAAAAGGAUCCUGGUUUUAAGAUCAAACCUACCUUUAAAGAUAAAAUACAUUGUGUAGCCUUUGUUAUGGAUUCAAGUUCAAUUGAUGUUCUUCAAGGAUCAACUUCGCAAAAACUUGCAGAAUUUCAUUCUCUUAUGAUUGAAAGGGGUAUUCCGCAAACAGUUUACUUGACGAAGCUAGAUAAAAUCUGUCCUCUUGUGGAUGAUGAUGUUCGCAGAAUAUUCAACAGUGAAGCUUGCAAGCAAGCUGUUAAUAAAGCUGCAGAGGUCAUAGGACUUCCUCGCUCUCAUGUAUUCCCCGUUAAGAAUUAUGAGAAAGAAACCCAACUGCAAAUCCCAGUCGAUAUUCUGGCGCUCUCCGCUCUCAGGCAGACGCUUGUGUAUGCAGACGACUAUCUGGAGGAUCAGUUUGAACUUUCACAAACUGAAGAACAACUUCAGCUUCUUAAAUUGGAGGAUCCCAAUUAUCACAUUUUCUUUUAUUCUAAGGUUGUAAAUUGACAGUAUGUCAGACUCUUUAUUUUCAGUGUUUUAUUGAAAUGUUGAUGAACGUGUCUGAAAGGCGGAAAAGGUGCACUCAUGGAAUUCCAGUGAAACCAAAAUUUUAUAACUUUUAU